GCGCUAUAAAUACCGGCUCCUAAGCUUCCUCGGCUUCCAUCCAAGGCAACACAGAUCGAGCAGAUCGCUCGCCCCGCUACCUUUCCUAUCGCGCACCGUGCCAUUCCUCGGCUAGCUUCUGGGCAAGCCAUGGCCAGUCGACGAGGAGGAGGAGGAGCGCGCGGCGUGGUCGGCAGAAUGGCCGUCCUCGUCCUCGCCCUGGCGCUCGCCGCGGCGUCGGAGGUGGCGCGCGUGGCCGCCGCCGGGCACGACUACCGCCAGGCGCUGAGCAAGAGCAUCCUCUACUUCGAGGCGCAGCGCUCCGGGCCGCUCCCCAGCGGCCAGAGGAUCGCCUGGCGCGCCAACUCCGGCCUGCUCGACGGCAAGGCCAACGGGGCGGACCUCGUGGGGGGCUACUACGACGCCGGCGACAACGUCAAGUUCGGCCUGCCGAUGGCGUUCACGGUGACCAUGAUGUCGUGGAGCGUCCUCGAGUACGGCGAGCAGAUGGAGGCGGCCGGCGAGCUCGGCCACGCCAUGGACGCCGUCAAGUGGGGCACGGACUACUUCGUCAAGGCGCACCCGGAGCCUAACGUGCUGUACGGAGAGGUCGGCGACGGUGACUCAGACCACGACUGCUGGCAGCGGCCGGAGGACAUGACGACGAGCCGGCAGGCGUACCGGCUCGACCCCCAGCACCCCGGCUCCGAGCUCGCGGCGGAAACCGCCGCGGCAAUGGCCGGGGCGUCGCUCGUGUUCCGCAGCUCCAACCCCGGCUACGCGAACCAACUCCUGCAACACUCCAAGCAGUUGUUUGAUUUCGCCGACAAGUACCGGGGGCGCUACGACAGCAGCAUCACCGUCGCGCGCAAGUACUAUGCCUCGUCCAGCGGAUACGGGGACGAGCUGCUGUGGGCGGCGGCGUGGCUGUACGAGGCGACCGGCGACCGGCGUUACCUGGACUACCUGGCCAACAACGCCGACGCGCUGGGCGGCACGGGCUGGUCCAUCAACCAGUUCGGCUGGGACGUCAAGUACCCCGGCGUGCAGAUCCUGGCCGCCAAGUUCCUCCUCCAGGGCAAGGCCGGCGGCGCGCACGCCGACGUGCUGCGGCGAUACAAGCAGAAGGCGGACCUCUUCGCGUGCUCCUGCCUCGGCAAGGGCGGCUCGAACAACGUCCGGCGGACACCCGGCGGCAUGAUCUACCACCAGAGCUGGAACAACGUGCAGUUCGUCACCAGCGCGUCGUUCCUGCUGGCGGCGUACGCCGACCACCUCGCCGCCGCGCGCCAGGAGGCGCAGUGCCCGUCCGGCGGGGUGCGGCCGUCGGAGCUCCUCGCGUUCGCCAAGUCGCAGGUGGACUACAUCCUCGGGAGCAACCCGAGGGCGACGAGCUACAUGGUCGGAUACGGCGCGACGUACCCGCGGCAGGCGCACCACCGCGGCGCGUCCAUCGUGUCCAUCAAGGCCGACCCCGCGUUCGUGAGCUGCCAGGCAGGAUACAACAGCUGGUACCACCGCCGGGGAAGCAACCCGAACCUGCUCGUCGGCGCCACCGUCGGCGGCCCGGACGAGUACGACAACUUCGCCGACGAGAGGGACAACUACCAGCAGACCGAGGCCACCACCUACAACAACGCGCCGCUGAUGGGCGUGCUCGCUCGACUCGCCGCCGGUCAUGGCGGCGGCCGGUUUGGUCACUCGCUCGCUGAUGAAGUUGAUGCAACAUCCAUGAAGAGCGACAACAAGACCUCAACGCCAUCUCCUUCUCCGGCUGUUGAACACUACUCGCCCAUCGAGAUCGAGCAGAACGCAACGGCGUCGUGGACGGAGAGGAGCAAGACGUACCACCGGUACUCGGUGACGGUGACCAAUAGGUCCCUCAAGACCGUCCACGAGCUCCACAUCGGCAUCUCCAAGCUCUACGGCCGGGUGUGGGGUGUUGACAAGGCGCGCUACGGCUACGUGUUCCCCAGCUGGUUGCAGUCGCUGCCCGCCGGCAAGAGCGCCGCGUUCGUGUACAUCCAGGCCGCCCCGCCGGCGGAUGUCUGGGUCACCGGCUACAAGCUCCUCUAGAACGGCAACCCAGAGGCCUGGCGUGAUGCAUGAGACUUAUCAACCAUCAAGUGAUGGAUUAGUAGUGUUGUGUGUGUGGAAGGAGUGAAGGAAAGGUUCGUUAGACUGCAAGAGGGACAAAGAGUGAUGGAGCUAGAAACAUUCUCGGUCAUCCUCAUUGUCCCUUCAAACCAAGCAAUCUACUAGAGCUAAUCUGUGCUUGUGUGAUGAUUGAAAGUUAAACAGUAAGAUGAAUGAUAUGGUUGAGCCAUAUAUAGGCUACAAAAUGC